GUCCCGGCCUGGGAAGAUGGCGGCGGUCUCCAUGUCCGCGGCGCUGGGCCCGGCGUUGUGGAGGCGAAGGGCGGCGAGCGUCGCGGCCGUUUCCGUCCUCAGAGUUCCAUGCAGGUUAAUGAGCACAUCCACAUGGAAGUUGGCACAGGACCAAACUCAAGCUACACAACUUAUCACAGUUGAUGAAAAAUUGGACAUCACCACACUAACUGGUGUUCCAGAGGAGCAUAUCAAGACCAGGAGGGUCAGAAUCUUUGUUCCUGCUCGCAAUAACAUGCAGUCCGGAGUGAACAACACGAAGAAAUGGAAGAUGGAAUUUGAUACUAGGGAGAGAUGGGAGAACCCUUUGAUGGGCUGGGCAUCAACGGCUGACCCCUUGUCCAACAUGGUUCUAAACUUUAGUACGAAAGAAGAUGCGGUUGCCUUUGCAGAAAAAAAUGGGUGGAGCUAUGAUGUGGAAGAGAGGAAGGUUCCGAAACCCAAGUCUAAGUCUUACGGUGCAAAUUUCUCCUGGAACAAAAGAACAAGAGUGUCCACAAAAUAGGGGUGCCUGACGUCAGCUGAGCAGUGCUCGUACACCAUGCGUGCACGUCUCUGAACCUCCUAAUAAACUUGGCCUCGAAUCUGC